GUGCUCCGGAUACCUGGCGACCUCCGGUUCUAUCAAGCCUUACCUGCGCACACGGACCUCUGUGCGGGCGGACCUCCAUUGUCCGACACUCGUGGGACCAAAAUUAUGAGCGCAAUUUUCAACAAAAAACAACACAACAAGGAGGACGGCCCUCCAAAAAAACGGACAGGGGUGGCUCCAAUUAAUGCUACAGCCUCGAGCAGGGCAUUUAUCGGACCGCCAGUGACAGGAGUUAGAGGGGGUUUAAGCGGUAGGGCUGCUCCUGGUACGAGUACCAUAGGAGGCAGAGGGGGGUGUGGAGACUUGGGCAAACCGGUCUCCAACCGAUUCAUGGCUGGAGCUGCAGCGUCAGCUCCGCCUAGGGAAGUCAGACCCCAAAGCACACACACCUUAACCAAAGGGCGGGGUUCGGCACCUGCUUCAAAAAUAACCCGGCAGGAUGAUGCCGACAUCCCGAGCAGCUCGAGGAAAGUUGCAAACACAGGCCUGGGGCUAAACAUGUCCGCCCCUCGAAGCAGGCCUAUUAUGACAAAAAGGCGGCCAUGAGGGUCGUGAACAAGAUCGGGGACCUGCCGACAGAGCAGCUCACGGAGGAGCAGGUUAGGUCACUGGAGUGGGCGAGGGGAGUAGUAGCCAGCUUGGGAAGACCGGUAGGCUCUUCUCCAAAAAGGUAGCGGUCUGCUGAACAGGCAGGGGGUGGGGUCACCAAAAGACCAAGAACAGGCGGCCAUAAAUACCCCACCUUCAGGGACGUAGUGAAGGGAGGCGGUGAGGUACUGGCAAUCAUCGACAGAGGGGAGGAGGAAGGGACUAUCCCCAAAGAGAAGUGGAGGUUGGUGGAGGAAGCGAUCGCCGAAAUCUACCUCCAAGUCCUAGAGGAAAAUCCUGGACCUCCUCCUCUCUGCCAUGAUUCCGGAUGGUAUCAGGGUAGAGCUAAACUCAUCGCCUGCGAGGACCAUAGGUCAGCCCAGCUCUAUAGGUUGGCCGUUAGUAAGGUAGGUAAAGUUUGGCCGGGAGCUAAGCUCGAGGCCGUCAACAAGGAAGAUAUUCCUAGCAGACCGAGGGCUCGAGUUUGGAAUCCGGCCAAACCCGCCGAGCCUGAAAGAAUUGAGCGGAUCUUCAGAUCCUGUAAUAAGGACCAGCCAACUCAUAAUUGGAGGGUAGGGAAGAUAGAGGAGCCAGUAGAGAAUAGAAGGCAGGUGUUGCUGAUCCUCAACGCCGAAUCGCUAGCCCCACUGGCGCAAAAGGAUUGGGUGGUGAGAUUCGGGUUUAAUGACGCAACCAUUCGAAUCUACCGCAGCGACGAGCCGAGCUUGGACCUUAGUGAGGAGAGCGACAAGUCCGGCCUGCGCAGCGGUGGUGAAGAAGGGUUGCCCAGCAGCCAAUGCUCAUCUGACUCGGAGAGGCUAUCCGGAUUGGGGCCAUUAUUCACCGAGGGUGAGGAGAUCGAAGAGGCGGACGUGGAUGUCACGAUGGUGGAGGUAAAACGGACACAUUCUGAUGAAGCUGAUCCAGAUCAACCUCCACCACUCUAAACUCGCGUCUGCGAACCUUGAGGUCCGCCUGGCUGCCGGUGGACUCGACGUUGCCCUCAUCCAGGAACCGUGGAUACACGGCAAUAAAAACUGCGGACUUGGGAUGAAGGGCUUUAAGCUUAUUGCCGCACAAAAUGCAGCUUAGUGACGGCGAUCUGGUAGUGGCAAGCAUUGAGCUGGACAAAACCAGCUUUUGGGUAGCCUCUGCCUACAUGGCCCAUGACAAGGACGUGCCACCAGAUGGGUUUCGGACCUUGGCCGAGGAAGCAGCCUUCAAGAACAAACCACUGGUUGCCUCCUGCGACCCUAAUGCCCACAACUUGAUGUGGGGGAGUACGGACACGAAUGCUAGAGGUGAGUCGUUACUAGACUUCAUUCUAGGGAACAAACUUAGUGUCUUGAAUUUAGGCUCAGAGCCGACCUUCAUAACAAAGAGUAGAGAGGAAGUUUUGGACAUAACUCUGGCUUCAGACAUGUUUGCCCAUAAAAUCAAGAGAUGGAGAGUACUGAAUGAAAAAUCUUAUUCUGACCAUCGUUAUAUUGAAUUCGAAAUAGAUCUUAAGACCCCCCAA